AUGGAAUCAACCUACCAAAUCGCCGUUGCGCUCCUCACUGUAAUCCUCAUCAUGGCGGCGUCCUACUUUGCCUAUGACCAGGGUUACAUGGACCCUCUGAUUGAGAAAUUUGGUGUUUUCAUGAUGAAGGCCAAGGCGGAGGCGGAGGCCAAGGAGAUGCAGGCCAAAGGCCUGAAGAGGGGAGAGGACUUUGUUGACUCGGAGCUCAAGGGCAACCAGCAGGCUCAGGACAUCAAGGCAGGCAUGGGGUCGCUAGGUGGCCUGAAGAAGAGCCUUUAA